GAAAGAGAAAAAAAGGAACAAAAAAGGACCAAUGGAGCUUCAUUUAGACCGUUUCUUCCUUUUCAAAGACUUUGGAUCUGGAAAAUACAGAAAAUAUUCGGUGAGGAAAAAACAGUCGUGAAGAAGGAUUUUGAUACCUCGAAAAUUGAAGUUGUAUCCCGCCCCAUUAAUUCACCCUCUCAGCUCCUGCAGUUUUUGGCAUCAAUGGAAAAAGGAGGGGUUGUUGGUUACCAACCCAUCGCACGAGGAGGAGGAAAAGGAAUCUUUACCUUCGGUUUUAAUCCAUGGUAGGGGAUGUGAUGUCUUUUAGCGCAAGCGCGCUCAAAAUUUCUCUGCGUCCCCCUUUUGGAAUGGAUAUUAUAUAGUUCUCGACGAACUCUCUUUAAUGCGCACCCUGAGAGCACAUAAGAAAAAGGCGCAUCCACCAAAGCUGCCGCUUGGUUACAAUAUUGUACAGUCAAAGAGGAACCAAAUCCUUGGGUGUCGCCCCGUCGACUGUUGACCAACUCAAAGACUGCUGCACCCACAUUAUCAUCCCAAGGAACCUCAAUUUGACCUUCAAAUUUUUUUUCCAAAAAAUUUUCACACCCAAGGAUUCAAAUUAUACUUCAAAUUAGAAAAUUAAAAUGAAUCUCCUCGAGGAAGAAGAAACUGACGAGUAUCGAGAUGGAUCCGUCAGACUCAGGAAUCCUAACAUCGAACUCAUGGAUCAAGAUAUCCUUUAUCAUCUGGCGCUUGGAAGUGGCUCUCACGACCUGGUGGAAAUGUUCGGAGACGUAAAGUUCGUGUGCAUGGGAGGAACUCCCAAGCGAAUGGAGCAGUUCGCUUCCUUCAUUAUGGAAGAAAUAGGUCACAAACUUCCUGCAGGAACGACACUGCUCGACAUCAGUCAGUAUUCUUAUCGUUAUUCAAUGUACAAAGUCGGUCCUGUACUUUCCAUCAGUCAUGGAAUGGGUAUUCCAUCGGUUGGAAUUCUUCUGCACGAAAUCAUUAAAUUAAUGUAUCAUGCAAGAGUCAAGGAUCCUGUUUUCUUUCGACUUGGAACAUGUGGUGGAAUUGGCUUAGAACCAGGAACUGUCGUUGUCUCCGAGGAAGUUGUCGAUGGAAUGAUGAAUCCAUAUCUUGAAUGUCCAAUUUUAGGAAAAUUAGUUCGUCGACCAGCGAAACUGGAUCGACAAUUGGCACGUGAAUUGAAAGCCCUCGCUCAUCACGAUGAUCCUUACGAUACGGUGGUUGGAAAAACAAUGUGCUGUAGCGAUUUCUACGAAGGCCAGGGCCGUUUGGACGGUGCAUUCUGUGAUUUUUCGGAAACUGAAAAAAUGGAAUAUCUCACUAACGUUCACAGUAAUAAUGUUCUAAAUAUUGAGAUGGAGAGUCUUGCCUUCGCCGCUCUGACUCAUCACGCUGGAAUUAAAUCCGCUGUCGUCUGUGUCACAAUGCUGGAUCGACUUAAGGGCGAUCAGGUCAAUUCACCAAAGGAGGUUCUGGACGAAUUGCAAAAGCGACCUCAGACUCUAAUCGCUCGAUACAUAACAAGGCACUUACAACGAAAAGGUCGUUUCACGUCCUUAGACGGUCACGGUUCAAUGUGUGUGAAAAGCCCCCGACGAUUUAAACUCGUGCAACAGGAAUCUGAAAACUAUGAUUAAAACAAAAGGUUCAGAAACCUUGUAACGAGGUUUCUUUUUCUUUAUUAUAAUAUUUAAAAAAAAAUUAAGGAGAAAAAACCUUUUUGUUCUUUAGAACAAUUUAUCAAACUUGUAUUCAAAUAAGAUAGCCCGCUUCAUUAAUUUCAAAAGAAAAUUCCCGUCUUAUCAGGAAUUCAAUUAAUCGAUUUACUAAACAAUUCAAUGAAUUGAUUUUAUUCUUAAAAUGAAAUUCUCUUUCUCUAUAAUAUAAAAUGACAAUUUUUCUCUGUCACAUUUUAUUAAUAUUUUUUUCUCUCUUUUUGAAUUCUCUAGACCGAGAUAAAA